AUGUCAUUACCGGAUACACCUUUGCAUUGCAACCCAGAUGAACUAUCUCGAUUAGAUAGACUAAAAGAAAUAGAUGAAAGUGAGAUCGACGAGUUGGAUUUGAACCCUGAGUUGAACGAUAACGGAGAUAUAGAUAUGAGCCAGGAUGGAUAUUCAGAAAGUCCUGAUAACAAAAGAGCAGCUUCGGUCCUAGAUGAAGAUAUAUCGGACGAUGUUGAUGAUUUUAAACCGCGUAUAGACAUAGGUUCGCCGUUUUCGUCUCAAACUAAUAUGGUUUCACAAGUCAAUCCAACUUCAUCGGGUAUUCCAACAAGAAGGUUAUCACUUUCACAACAGUCGAAGUUUAUCACUUAUUGUGAUGAGAAACUAAUGUCAAUCCAACGUAAAUUUGUUCAAUCAAGAGGCUUGAAUUAUAACAUGUCAGGUUACGAGAAUUUAGAAAGUCUACUAAAAGACUUGAAAUCAUUCACAGACUUUAUUUGGUAUUCUGUUGAGGGAAUACCAAACUCUGACUACUUAUUAAAACAAGAUCUAUACUUAUUUGAAAAGGAGUUCAACAUGAAAAAUGCGAGCUUGCCAGUCGAUAGAGCAAGGUCGUUCGGUCAAACGUCAUAUUUAUUAAGAAUCGCCGAUGAUUUAUUAGAAUUUACUGAAAAGUUUGACCUUACGGAAUUGUCAUUAGACGAAAAAACCUCAACAGUUUCUAAAUUAUUCAAGUUAUUGUUCAUAUUGGACAAGAUUUUUGCAAGAAUAAUAGAUGGGACAAUUCCAGGUAAAGUAAAAAUGACAGGUACCGAUGCUGUAAGGCUCUGUGGUAUAGCGGAAAGAACAAGAAUGAAACUUCCAACAUAUUUUGAAACUCAAAAUAUUCAAGGAUACCAUUUCGAAUUAAGUAAAAUAUAUUUAGAAAGCUUAGAAAGAUGUGCUACAUAA